AUCCUGAAAGAAUUGAUCCUUCUGAUUCAUUCAUCAGAUCAUCCAUGUUUAAUUCUCAUCUCAAACAAAUUCGAUGGAAAUGGAUUUGGUUCUUGGCAGAAAUCGAUGAAGAUUGCUUUAUCCGCCAAGAACAAAUUAGGUUUUGUGAAUGGCUUGAUUCAGAAACCUAAUAAUAGUCCUGCUCAGCUCCUCGCCUGGCAGCGCUAUAAUGAAAUGGUCACAUCGUGGAUUCUAAAUGUUCUAAGCAAGGAAAUAGGAGAUAGUGUUUUAUAUGCAAAUUCUGUUGCUGAAAUCUGGAAUGAACUUGAUGAAAGAUUCGGACAAUCUAAUGGCGUGCGUCUGUAUCAGCUGCAGAAGGAUCUAUGUUCCAUUUCUCAAGGAAACUCUAACAUUGCUGCCUAUUACACAAGGAUGAAGAAGGUCUGGGAUGAGUUGAGCAUGGUUACCAGCUUGCCUCGUUGUAACUGUGGAGUUGCUCAAGAAAUUCUAAAAUAUGAACAAGAUCAGAGGCUUAUACAAUUCCUUAUGGGUCUCAACUCUGAUUAUAACACUGUCAGAGGCAACAUCCUUCUUAUCAAACCUCUGCCUUCAAUUUCAGCAGCUUAUGGGAUGCUCGUGCAAGAAGAAAAGCAGAAAGAGAUCCAGAUUCCAAGUCCUUUCACCUCUGAACACACAUCUUUGAAUGCCAACAUUCAGCUACAUAACAAAGGGAGAUAUGAAGAUAAGAAGGUGCCCAUAUGCAACCACUGCAAAAAGAAAGGACACACAGCCAAUAAAUGCUACAGAAUUAUUGGUUUUCCUAAGGAUUUUAAGUUUACUAAGGGAAAAGGAGUGGCAGCUCAUGUUUCCAGUGAAGGCAUGUCAGACACUAAUGACCAUGAAGACAGACCUGCUGUUUCCUUUUCCAAUGAACUGUGCAAUCAAUUCAUGCAGUUUCUCAAUACUUAUCAUGGAGAAAAAUCAAGAUCAGAUUCUUCUUCUGAAGCCUUCACUGCUCAUAUGAUUGGGCCCUUCCAAGAAGAGGCCAGUGGAUCUUGGUGAAAGACAAAAUGGUCUUUACAUUACUCCUGCAGCAGUACCUUCUUCCCACAAAUCUUUUCCUUCUUCUUCUGUUCAAACUGUUCAUAAUAUUUCUCAUUGUAAUAAGGCUUGUAAAGAUCUCAAUGUUCAAAUUUGGCAUAUGAGAUUAGGCCAUCUUCCUGCUUAUAAACUGAAACAUGUUUGCUCUUUUAAUAAUGAAGCUUUUGAUUCCUU